UCUCCAAGCGGGUAUUGCAGCUCUGCCUUCAGCCCAGAGACAGGAAACACCUCAGCAAUUCUUUGCUCCUCCCCUUUUGCUGAGGCUGAGUUCGUUUCCUGUCUCAGCUCAGAGUACAGCAUUUUACAAAUUCAUCCAUCUCUGCUAAUCCCCCCCUUACACAGAGGAUUUCACUGCCAUUAAAUGAUAGUUUUUGAGAGUGGAAAAAAAUGCCAGCCCUUCAGAGAUGCUGUAAUACAUCUAACAGCAAGCUUCAGAGGAAAAAAGACCACUAAAGCUAUCAGCCUGUCAGGUAAAGAAGGCAGAUUUUGGAAGCGUAUUUGCCAGACCUGAGAUGCCACAAGUAAAUAAUCAGGGUAAUGUUUGUCAUCAUCUUACUUGUAAUUCUUUGUUUCUCCCCUGUUCAUUCUGUGUGGGCCUGUGCUCGCUCCUGUCCCACCAACUGUGUGUGCACUCAAGAAAGGAGUUGCUCCAUCCUUUGUGACCGUGCUGGCCUCACACAGAUCCCUAGCGAGUUUCCCUGUGAAGCCUAUUCUAUUAACCUGGAUAAAAAUAGCAUCAAAUUUCUUGCUGAGAGGGCAUUCGGUACCCUCCCAUCUCUCAAAUCACUCUCAUUAAGCCACAACAACAUAUCCUUUAUCACUCCUGGUGCUUUCAAAGGGCUAGCUAGCUUGACAGAGCUAAAAAUGGCCCAUAAUGAAUACAUUCGGUAUUUGCAUACGAGGACUUUCAUUUCACUCAAGAGACUAAUCAGACUGGAUUUAGCAGACUGCAACCUUUUCAACAUCCCAGAUAGGAUUUUUAUAGAGCUUCCAGCUCUUCAGGAACUAUUUUGCUUCCAGAACAACUUUCACAGGAUUCCAGGAGCUAUAAGAGGGAUGGAGAAUUUGACCCAUGUUUAUUUGGAGAAAAACAGGAUAGAAGCUGUGGCUUAUAAUUCUCUCUUGGGUCUGACCCAACUGAAAUAUCUCAAUCUGCAAGACAACAGAAUAAUUGUAAUUCAUGACACAGCUUUUCAGGAUUGUCAGAAAAUGGAGUAUCUUUAUUUAAAUGACAACUUCAUCAGUGAUCUCCCUGGUAACUCUUUUGAUGGUUUAAGGCAUCUCAAAAUGCUUAAUCUUGGUGGCAACUUUCUCAGGAAUGUUUCUAAUACGUGGUUCCGGGACCAGUUUGAAUUGGAAGCUUUGUAUUUGGACAGAAACUGGAUCAGCUAUAUUGAGGAAGGGGCUUUUGAAAACCUCACAAGCUUGGUGUCUCUGCACCUGAACAGCAACCACCUGACCACCUUGCCUUUUUCAGUCUUCCAGCCUGUCUACUUCUUAGGAAGACUCUACCUUUUCCGGAAUCCCUGGGAAUGUGAUUGCAGGAUUGAGUGGCUGAAGGAGUGGAUGGAGAAUUACAGACUUGUUAGGGAUAUUCCAUGUGCCUCCCCAUCCUCUGUUGCUGGUCUUGACUUAAUUGAUGUGUCUUUUGAGAGAACACAUGAAGGUUUCUGUCUCAACCCAGAGGAGUUAAAUGCCACAUCUUACAAUCCUUGUCCAACUGCAGAACCACAAUCUACCACAGAUAACAGGUUCAACAGCCUUAUCUCUAAAUUUCUACUCCAGAAGGGCCUUUCAGAGGAAGUGGGAAACACCACAGAAGCUUCUAUCAAUAUGACCUUGUUAGAUGGAUUGACUACUGAGGCAUCUUCAGGACUGGGGGAGUGUAAUAUCAAACUAAUAUGUUAUUUUAAUCUUUGGAUAUUACUUAUAACUCAAGUAAUAGAACUACUGUGAGUUACUUAUCCUUUGUGUUAACAAUUAGUUUUUGUACAAGAAAGUUAAGCUAUUGCCUACAGUAUUCAGACAUAGAUCAAAUACAAAAGAUCUCUGUGGUUUAGUGUAUAUUUAGAGCUAGCAAUCUACUCUGGGCCCAUCUUUUAAAAUAGGUGUAGGUUCACAGAGACAUAACACAUUUAUAAAGCCCUUCAUAAUUUUAUAAUCUGGCAUACUUAGUGAGGGUGACUUCUCUCAUUAGUCUCCCAAAAGAGUGGCUGUGAAGUCACUCAGCAGCAAUAAAUUUAAUCUAAAUUCACACUGACAUGAAAGGUUAGCAGGAGGAACAUCACUGCUGCUCAUAUUUUGUAAUAGGAAGACAGAGCCUAAUAAGGAAUAUAUACAACAAGGAGUAUGGUGAUCUGUUACGAAGAUUUUCUGAUAAUAGACUCAUUUGUCAACUUGACCUGACAACUGCAGCUUGAAUAAGGGUUUUAACAGUACAUUUUGGUUGUUCUACAUACAGAAUUCUAUCAUUGCUCCUAAAGCUAAGUGUAUAAAAAGGCAUAUUCCAGAAUAUUAAAAAAAGACUUUUCAGUUGCUCUGCUAGACGUGAUUCCUCAGCUUACUGUGGGGAACACCUCACGGUUGCUAUAGCACACCAUAUUUACCAUACCUGUGACACUGGCAGUAUAGAGAGAGGCCUAACACAUUUACUGCCUCCAUUUAGUUCACUUCAGAGGAGGAUCAGAUAAUUCAAAGUUUAAAAACAUCAAAGUUGCCUUCAAUUCUUUCUUUUAGUAUGUAGUAGAAUUCCACUUGAGCUGUAUUCCGAGUGAGACACAAAACACUGAAGACCACACUAGCUUUGGUGUAUCAAAAAUGGUAUGUGUGGCAUUAAAUAUGUUACUUUAUUAAGAUCCAUACAGUAAAUGAAACAUACCAAACCUUGAUAUUUUUAGAAUUAAAGUACUCUAGUAUUUGUGUACAUAGAAUUCACAACACUUAACAACCUUCUGUGUGUGGAUCUCCUUGCUGGAUUAGGACCCACUGUAGUUGGAUGAGAUGCAUCCAUUUGGCUCUAAAAUGGCAAUGCAGAUGAGUAUGCAGCCCUAGCCACUGUCUCAGACUGCUGCUCAUGUGUUGGGUGCAAUAUGCUUGGAUUGAGGCCAUCACAUGUUGCAUUACUACAUUACCUAAAACUAUAGAUAUGGCAAUGAUGCCUCUGUGUGCAGGGCUUACAGUUCUUAACAUUUUCAAAUAAAUGUACACAGAGGCAGAUGCUGACUCUAAAAAUAGAGAUGCUACAAAUCCCACCCUGUCAAAUCACUCCCACCUUAUCUUCCUUUGGCUCCAUCUAUGCCAGUUCCACCAGCAGAAGCUGCACCUUCCAAAUUCCACUUCCAAAAAUGACCUCUCUUUUGACUCAACAUUAACUGCAGUGUCAUGUUCUGAAUUGGUCUCCCUCACAAUAUCCAUGUUUUUCAGAAACAAAAGGAAAAUAAAAUUCUGCAAGCUUCAUAAAGAAAUGCUGCAAACAUUACUUUGUCACACAACACAUAAUUAAUUUAUGACACUCACUACCACAAGAUGCAGUGACUACCGUUAGUUUUUAAAAAAGAUUUCCCCCAUCUGUCAUGAAUUAACAACAGCCCUUACCUGUGAUAGGUAAACAUAACCAGAUGCACCAUAUUUCCAAACAGAUGAGGAUAAAAAAAAGGGAGGAAUGCCACCAGCACCUUCACGUCCUGUUCAUGAGCUCCCCAGGUAUCUGGUUGGUUGCUAUUGGAAGCAGAACACUGGAAUAAAUGGAUCUUGGCCUCACCCACCAGGGUGGCUGUUAUGUUCUGAUGUAUCAACCAUACUGUCUCUUUACAAAUUAAUUUCUCAUAGUGAUCCCUCCCAAAAUUAAAUCUCCACUUCAGUUAAUUCCUUCAACAGUCAUUUCCUGCCCAGAUGCCUCCAGUAAACAGUGUGUUACUUAUUCGUAUUUUAAAAAUAAUUUCCUUCAAUCAUUUUAGCUCUCUUUUGGUCAUUUCCCCUGGGUUGUGUGACUGGGCUCAAGAAAAGGGGCCAGGGGAGAAGGGAGGGACAUCCAUGUCAACUCUGAUGCUCUUUCACAGCUGCUGGGCAAGAUAGCAGUCCCAAACACCUCUCUCCUAAAACAACUCUACCUUUCUGCCAAAGACAGACAAAACAAGGUAUACAGUAGGAAAGAAAAUUUUAAAAAUGGGCAGGGGAAGCUGCUGUCCAGUCAGCAGACUGCCUCUGUUGUCCCUACCCCUCCUCCAUGAAGACCGUCAGAGAGACAUCUGUGUAGUGCACUUGUACUGCCUAUGACAGAAGGCAGGAAGCGAACCCUGUAUGCACCUAUGCCACCUGGAGCCUCAGAACCCUUCCAUUCUCAAAGACCACACAGAAGUGCAAUUUUGAGAAACAUUGCUUUUUUAAAACUAGAUUUUUCUUUGCUUUUAAACUGUUUUGUUGCACUGUAGGCACAAGGAGUGUGUGCACUGUUAUAAGCUAUACUGCAAGGAGAAAGGCUAUAAGCACCACAGAACUACUAAUGAAUGACCCCAAAUCUUUACAAAAUGUGUAUAUACAUACUUUAUAAGCAUGGAUGUUAAUGCAGCAUUUAUGGAGGGUUUAGGCUCCUGAGAACUAGACAAUUAUGUAAUCUGCCUUUAGGUUUGGAAUUAAAAAAAAUCUAAUGUAAGAUAAAAACUUAAACAUGUGAACUCUCAAAGAUAAUUAAAAAAACCCUUUUUUCCUAAUCUGGUGAUAUAAGAAGAAAACUAUUUACUGACAAGUGCCUGGAGCUUGUAAUAUGUGGUUCUAAGUUUUCAAAACAUACACAUUCCAAUCCACAUAUAAAAUACUUGGGGGAACAAAAUGUCUGACUAAACUUUCCCUACAUAAAGAGCCUGUUUUAAAGUAUCAUUCAUGUUCUUACAUCUGCAGUUAGCAUUACAGGGAAGAAUUAGCAAAAUGGAUGGUUUUUAAAGAGCUUUUCUUAAAAAAAAAACAACCUAGACUAUGCAUCUCAAACACACAAUCCAGUCACAAAAGCAAUUUCUCACUCUUUAUUUAACACAGCUGAUGAUGUUAUUAAUGACUGAGGCCUCAACUCAUGUUGAGCCUUUCCUAAGAAAUUUUUAUGCGGUUUAAAGUAAACAGUGGAAUCUAUUAUUUUUGCUGAGGCUUUCAAAGUGGCAAAGAAAGUGAGAAAUAAUGAACAGCUUGUUAGUGCAUGGAUUGAUGGAAAUGCAUUGCCCAGCUCUUCCAAGCCCAGCUGCUGCUGAAAGCAGUAGAAUCCUCCCUCUUUUCCCAUGCCAUUGUUUGACUACCUUACAAAACAGGAUUUCAUGCUGCCAAAUUUUUAACUGCAUGGUCCAACUACGCAAAGAAAAAUAUCAUGACAGCAGCAGUAGGAGCAAGCAUUUUGGGAGGAAGGGCAGAAUAUGCAUUUAAUAAAUAAAUAAUAAAUAAAAUACAUCCAAACCCAUAUAUUCUAGUCAAUGCACAGAGUUAUAUGACAAUGCAUCCCAGUGAAAAAGGGGCCAGAUGCUUUGAUAACUAUUUGAUUGAUCUCUUCUGUGUACUACAUUCAAUGACUUUGGAUUUUCAGGCUAUUUAUAAAAACAUAAUCAUCUUAAAUGCUAAAUUCAAUGAUGUAUUAUAAAAGAUUUUUUCAAAGCCUGUUUCAGCCAAAUGCUGUAGAUUAAAUUGA